AUGGAGAAGAGAUCACGGUGGACAGAGCUCUCAAGCCGACGAUCGAGCUAUCUGCUUUACGAACUCAUCGACCGACCGACUAGCACCGCUGUGUACCGCGGUCCGCUUGCCUCACUCAACAAAACGCUGAAGACCUUCAACGAUUUUCCUGAACUGGCUUUCAAGGUCGAGCGCAUGUGGUUCCGUAGAUUCUACACCGCUGAGACAAACCGCCUCACAGCUGACAUGCUACAAAACUGCAUGAACCUUGCGUCACUGUCCAUCCCGUGGACCACUAUUCGGUAG